AUGUCGUCCACGCCUUUACCCAUCGCGGUCGAUCCGGUCGCGUUGGUGAUUACGGAAUGCAUCACAGUCACCUCGGCCAUGCGAAAACAUGCCCGGUGGGCUCACUCGUCCGUCUCUGCCAUCCUCGGUGGAGGCGCCGUCUCUCGUGACCACGCCCUCGCCAACCGCUGGGGUCUCCGGGGCAAGAAGGGCAAGAGUAUGCAAGACAACCCGCUGAUUUCAGCCUUCGCCAGGUUGCGGAGCGACCUGAAGGGUUGCAAAGAUAUCCGGUCCUUUGACGCUCCUGCGUUGCUUCACCCGUUCCUCCAGGUCGUCCGAUCCUCGUCCACCUCCGCCGCCAUUACCUCCCUUGCCCUUGUCGCCCUGACCAAAUUCUUCGCCUACAACAUCAUCAGUUGCGAUUCCCCUAGACUCCCCAUGGCCAUGCAACUCCUGUCGGCCGCCAUCACCCAUUGCCGCUUCGAAGCCAGUGAUUCGGCCGCCGAUGAAAUUGUCUUGCUGCGGAUCCUGAAGUUGAUGGAAGGGAUGCUGUCUCGGCCGGAGGGCGAGCUGCUCGGAGAUGAGAGUGUUUGUGAGAUGAUGGAAACGGGUCUGAGCAUGUGUUGUCAGGUCCGCCUGUCGGAGGUGUUGCGGAGGUCCGCCGAAAUGGCCAUGGUCAACAUGUGUCAGGUCAUUUUCAUGCGCCUGUCGCACUUGGAGGUCUCUGAGUCCGACGAAACCGGAUCGCAAGCACCAUUGCGCCCAGAGAUGGAGCAGACCAGUCUGAAGAUGGACCCGUCCGUCGACGGGAACACCGUGACCUCGCAACAUCCCUCCGCCAUGGGUUCCGACACGGGGGUGACUGAUCGAGACCGUGGCAGCCGAGACGGAUCGCCCGAGCAGAUGCUGAAUGGAAAUGCUGUUGCCGCGCCACCAAACCCACAGGACGACACGGGCGACGAAGUGAAGCCAUACUCCUUGCCAUCCAUCCGGGAACUGUUCCGCGUCCUCAUCGACCUGUUAGAUCCGCACAACCGCCAACAUACCGAGCCCAUGAAGGUCAUGGCGUUGAGGAUCAUCGACGUUGCCCUUGAGGUCGCGGGGCCGUCUAUCGCGAAACACCCGAGUCUCGCUACGCUGGCGCAAGACGAUCUCUGCCGACACCUCUUCCAGCUGGUUCGAUCCGAAAACAUUGCAAUCUUGACUGCGUCGCUGAGGGUCGCCGGCACCUUGCUGCUCACUUGUCGGCCGGUUUUGAAGUUGCAGCAGGAGCUUUACCUGUCCUAUCUGGUCGCCUGUCUGCACCCGAAGGUAGAGAUUCCGAAAGAGCCUGGCAUCAACCCAGCCCUUUACGACGGUGUACCGCAGGUGCCCAAGCUAGUGAAGCCGUCCCCAUCGCAAACGAAUAGUGGAAGGUCCACCCCGGUUCCCGUGAAGGAUAGACAACAGUUGGGCCUGGAAGGUGGAUCGCGGAGGCCGGAGACCCGGGAGGCUAUGGUCGAGAGCAUUGGCGUGCUGGCACGCAUCCCGAGCUUCAUGGUAGAGCUUUUCAUCAACUACGACUGCGAUGUCGAUCGCGCCGACCUGUGCGAGGACAUGAUCGGCUUGCUCUCCCGUAGUGCGUUCCCGGAUUCAGCUACGUGGAGCACAACCAACGUGCCCCCGUUGUGCCUAGACGCCCUACUCGGUUACGUCCAGUACAUCUACGACCGGCUUGAUGAUGAGCCGGUGCAUGAGGGUUUCCCUUCCAUCGAGCAGCUCCGAAGCCAGCGGAAGACGAAGAAGCUGAUCAUUCACGCCGCCCAGAAGUUCAACGAAGAUCCCAAAGCCGGGAUUGCUUAUUUAGCAUCGCACGGUAUUAUUGAGGAUCCGAGUGAUCCCGCCCUCGUUGCUCGAUUCUUGAAGGGGACGACUCGGUUGUCAAAGAAAAUUCUGGGUGAAUAUCUGUCCAAGCGCAAUAAUGAGGAGCUACUUGAUGCCUUUGUCGAGCUUUUCGACUUCUCUGGAAAGACCAUUGUGGACGCCCUUCGUGAUCUUUUGGGUGCUUUCCGCCUGCCUGGCGAAUCUCCCCUGAUCGAACGAAUUGUCACCACCUUCACCGAGAAAUACAUGCAAAAGGCCCAACCCACUCAGAUUGCCGACAAGGACGCUGCGUUUGUACUGACAUACGCCAUCAUCAUGCUUAAUACAGAGCUCUACAAUCCCAACAUCAAAUCCCAGAAUCGCAUGUCCUGUACCGAUUUCUCCAGGAAUCUGCGGGGUGUGAAUUCAGGCCAGGAUUUUGCGCCUGAGUUCUUGCAAGAAAUCUACGAUUCAAUAAAACAUAAUGAGAUCAUCUUGCCGGAUGAGCAUGAUAACCAGCACGCGUUCGACUUUGCGUGGCGGGAAUUGUUGCUGAAAUCCUCGUCUGCCGGAGAGUUGGUCGUUGGGGAGACUAAUAUCUACGACGCUGAGAUGUUCGCCGCUACCUGGAAACCGGUGGUAGCGACUCUGUCCUACGUCUUCAUGUCUGCCUCAGACGACGCAGUUUAUUCCCGGGUUGUCACGGGAUUCGAUCAGUGCGCCCAAAUUGCUGCCCGUUAUGGCUUGACCGACGCCUUCGACCGUAUCGUCUUCUGUCUCUCCUCGAUCAGUACAUUGGCUACCGACAAGCCUCCCAGUACCGCUCUCAACACCGAAGUGCAGGCCGGUCAGAAGAGCGUGAUGGUGAGCGAAUUGGCGGUAAAAUUCGGACGGGAUUUCAGGGCUCAACUGGCGGCGGUAGUACUCUUCCGUGUUUUGGCUAGCAACGAAGCCGCAGUUCAGCAGGGCUGGACAUAUGUGGCUCGGAUCCUUAGCAACCUGUUCAUAAAUUCUCUUAUUCCUGCCCUCGAUUCCAACCUCAACGCUGAGCUUGAUAUCUCGCCAAUCCCGUUGCAGACUCCGUCGCAGGUCGUGGACCGCGAUGGAAGGAAUACGGAAACUGGGCUUUUAUCUGCAUUCACAUCAUACCUUUCCAGCUACGCAGCUGAUGAGCCUCCGGAGCCGUCGGACGAAGAGCUGGAGAACACCUUGUGCACCGUGGACUGCAUCACCGCUUGUUCUACUACCGAAAUCUUGGCGAAUAUCAAGUCCCUCCCAUUGGAGACGGUGUCUCUGGUUGUUGAAGCGCUUUUGGCCCAGAUGCCCGAGGAAAGUGCCCCGGCGGUCAUUGUCGUGAAGCCUGAACGACCUUCGGCUGGCUCAAGGGCGUCUAACGGCAGGACCGAUGGCGGCAAGUCAAACUACGACCCGGGAAUGAUGUACCUCCUCGAACUAGCGACUAUCCUGACCCUUCGGGACUCGCAAACCCUAGAGGCUCUCGGGGAGAGACUUCUGACCACAUUGCAAGCAUUCAUCCGCGACGCUAGAAACAUCCACUCUCUGGCUUUGUCCCGGAUUAUUCAUUAUCUGCUGAACCUGUUGCGGCUGAGCCAUGAUCAGCCUUUUAUAAGGGUUCCUGUUAUCUUGCACGGAAUCUCUGGCUUUGACCAGGACAUUUUGGAGAGCGUCGCCGUUACGAUAGUGAAGAGCUUUUCGCGGUGUAUCUCGAGUGCCGGGCUUUUGCGGAAUGAGAUCACCGUCUCUCCUGAUUUCUGGUCCAUCUUGCAGAGACUACUGCCUCACAAGGAAGCUGCACCACUCGUGUUCGAUUUGCUCCGCUCCAUUGUGGAGUCGAAUCCUCCCAUCAUUACCGCCGACAACUAUGAGUCUGCCGUUAGCCUCGCGAAUGACUUCAUCAGCGCUGGUAGCGUAGGCUAUAUUGAGGAGCGACAGCGGGACGCGCAUGGACGACGCGGAAAAGCUGUUAAGCCUUCAAAACCGAGUGAGAAUGAGGUGGUUUCACGUGGUGUGAAGGCCAUCGGUUUCGUCCUUCAAUUGACACGGCGUGUCCCCGGCCUGAUCAAGCAGUCACACCUCGAGGAGAGCGAAGCCUGGUCCGCGUACUGGUCUCCCAUCUUCCAAUCCUUGACUGCGCAAUGCAUCAAUCCAUGCAGAGAUAUCCGUCACCAUGCCGUUUCAGCUCUACAAAGAACUCUCCUUUCUCUUGAAAUCAGCUCCACCGAUGAGAAGGAAUGGACAACCAUCUUCGAUCAAGUUCUCUUCCCGCUUAUCCUGCGGUUAUUGAAGCCCGAGGUGUACCACUCCGACCCCUUGGGAAUGGGUGAAACCCGCGUCCAGGUGGCCAUCCUGGUCUGCAAAAUCUUCCUGCGCUACCUCGACCAGCUUCCCAACCGCGACGGCAUGCUCGAUCUGUGGCUCAAGAUCCUCGAUAUCCUCGACCGAUUGAUGAACAGUGGCCAAGGAGACAGCCUGGAAGAGGCUAUCCCCGAAAGUCUCAAGAACAUCCUCCUCGUCAUGGCAGACGGAGGCUACCUGGUCCCUCCUUCCCAAGAUCCCAGCAAGGAGUCCAUCUGGACAGAAACCAAGAAACGUCUGGAACGAUUCCUGCCUGAUUUAUUCAAGGAAAUCUUCCCCAAUGCGUCGGACGAGAAAUCCGCGCCCGUCUCAGUGGCUCCCUCUCCUGUCCCGUCAACUUCAACUCCCCCCGCCGAACCCCAAGACCAAACCAGCACCAGCGCAGCAGAGCCACCAGCGAUAUCCGCAGCUCCUGCCGAAGCCGAAGCAGAAGAAGAGACCGAAGCACCAGCUACUAAACAGGAUUAA